AUGUCUAUGUAUCUUCUUCACAAAGAGGUAUACACGUCUCCCUUUUCUACGCCGGUAAUAAAAUUAGAACAAGGCAAAUUAAGAGGAGUGCGCAGCAUUCUGGGAGUCAACCAGUAUUUCGGGAUACCAUACGGAUCCAGCGAGAGAUUUCAACCACCAAAAGAACCAAGGAAAUGGAAAGGCACGUUAAACGCCGUGAACCGCUUCACAUCCUGCGCGCAGGCCGUCACCUUCAUCACGCACACCAACGAGGAUUGCCUGGAACUCGACGUGUACACUCCAGGCUCUGCCCACCCCGGUGACAACAUCCCCGUCUUCGUCUUCCUCCACGGAGGGGCCUAUUACUACGGGAACAAAGCAAUCACCGACCCAGAAUUUCUCGUUACUAAAAAUAUCAUCGCUGUCAUCAUUAACUACAGACUAACUGUCCUGGGAUUUUUCUGCGCAAACGGUAUCGCUAAUCUUGGACUUAAAGAUCAGACGGCGGCUUUGAAAUGGGUUAAGAAGAACAUAGCGGCGUUCGGAGGCGACCCAAAUAAUGUCAGUUUGGCUGGACAGAGUGCCGGCGCAAGCGCCGCCGCGAUGCACAUGCUGUCGGAACAUAGCAAGGGACUGUUUCAUAAACUGAUUCUAAUGAGCGGCACCUCAUUAGUCCCCUGGGCUUUUAACCCGGAGCCUAUGAGACCUGCAUUUGAAGAUGCGAAUAAAAUAGCAGAUGCGCAAGAUGAGGAAGACCUUUAUAACAUUUUUACCACGUAUCCUAUGAGACAAAUUUUAAGAGCAACUCUCGGUGUCUCAUAUAAUUCGAGAUACUUCAAAUACAGUCCUUGCAUCGAUAGCAAUGCGACUGAUCCAUUCUUCAGAGAUACUCCUUACGAGAUAAUAAAGUCUGGACAUUUUAACAAAGUGCCAGUCCUGUUGGGAGUGGCAGAAGUUGAAGGGAUGUUGUUCUACGGCAUCAAUCGUAGAAGUACAUUGACUGAAUGGAACUCGAACUUCAUAGAUCGAUUACCGUCUGUUUUUUCGUGGUGUUCGAAUGAAGAUCGUAAACGGAUUGCACGAAAGAUCCGCUCUCAUUACUUCGGGAAACGAGAAAUAGAUGAAAAUUCAAAGGAUGGAAUCAUGAGGUUUUACUCUGAUUGGAUGGGACACGCCACGUUUGAUGCUUUUGCGGACCUUUUAGUGAAAUAUUCCAAAGAACCUGUAUAUAAAUAUGUGUUUUCUUACGAAGGAGAUCGCAAUUUCGCCAAGCUGUUUGGGAGAGGUGGUCGUGCAAAAGGUGCGACACAUUCAGAUGACUUGUUCUACGUGUUCAAGCCGGGGGGACUGUCACUAUUGCUGUCCAAUGAUGACAAACUCUUCAUUGAUAGAUACACCAGUUUGUUGGCUAAUUUCAUGAAAUAUGGCAACCCCACGCCCAGCCCCACCGCUCUGCUCCCCACCCCCUGGCCAGCGACCACCACCAACGCCUCCUACAUCAUGCACCUGGACCGCUCGUUGAAGGUGACCAGGGGAGCUUGGCAUAAGAACAGGUUCUUCUUGGAUCUGCUGUGCACAUACGGACAAAAGGGCUACGUCCCUUGCGACAGCAAGGAAAUGUGCAAUUUGGACAAUAAACAUAAGUAA